GUACCACUUCAGACUUGCUCGUUGAUUUCCUGAUCGCUUGCGUAACAGCUCACCGAACAACCCGUCGCACGCAACUAUCUGUAGCCACCUCGAACUUAUUUCUCGAAAACAGUGGUCCUUCACGUUUGACGGACUGCCUCUUGAGCUGGUGGAGGCAAUCAUGGCUGUCAUUCUAGGAGAGUUUGUCAUGUUCUGCCCCCUCCGCCACAUCUUCUUAUGUAAUUGAAACUGUCACUGGUACCUCUUGUUAGAGUUCUUCUUACUUCCGUCUGAUUGGCUCUGGCGCUGCGAUUGACAGCGUUCUCCUACAUCCCUCCUUUCUCUCCGGGACGGACGCUUCUUGGUGUCUACUGAACGCAGCAGCUACCAUACGGCCGGGAGUUUCUUCACCCUGAAGAUGGAUUGCGACGUGUGCAUGCAGACUUUCAACGAUGCAGAACGUCGCCCCAAGUUCCUUCCCUGCGGCCACACGUACUGCCUGUCUUGCCUGAUGCAGCUGCCGGCCAAGCAGUGCCCCGUCGACCAGAAGGUGUUCCAGUUGGACAAUUUGAUCGACAACUACAAGUUGCUCAACGCGCCGCUCAAGCCCCCACGCUUCUGGUGCAUCCCCUGCGAGAAGGCCGCGACCGAGGAAUGCCUGGACUCGCACACUGUGCACAGCCUCAAGCUGCAGCGCACCAAGGCGUCAGGGCCGCUCCUGGAGGCGCUCCGGCAGGGCGAGGCGGGCUUGUUGGGGCUGGCUGGGGUCCUGGACAAGGCGGCCGUGGCCAGGCAGGCGGACGACUGCGGCGACUGGCUGGAGAGGCAGCAUGUUGACCUGGUCGCAGCGAGGAACCGCCUGGAGGACGCGCUGGAGGCGGACACGGCGGCCUGAGACACGGCGGCCCAUCGGACCGUGUUGCAGAUCGAAUUGCCCAAGACCGCGGCCCAGCUGGCGGCCGACCUGUCCAGCCCCUCUUCCUCGUGCUCAGUGACGGUGCGGCGCGCUGCUGGGGGGCCAGUGGCGUGGACCGGCGAGGUGCGGCCCACGG